AUGUCACUCUAUACGCAAUUAACUGCUCUAAUUCCAAUAAUUUUCUCAUAUCUUCCCCAUAUUCUCUUUACCGUCAUUCUUCUAUAUGUAAUCAAUUUCUACAUCUCUUACAUCAACCGAGAAAACCCUCUUCCUGGUCCUAUUCCUCUUCCUAUGAUCGGCAACAUCCAUCAAAUGUGGAGAGAUGCACCUAAAUUUUACACUGAGAUGCACGAACGAUAUGGCGACGUCUUUGAAUUUUAUCUCAUCAAUAAGCGUAUUAUAAUGCUGAGCAGGGUUGAUCUAGCAGAAAAAAUGCUUACGCAGUCGGUUAAAUCCAACUAUUUUAUCAGGAUUACAUCUACGAGUCAAGGAUGGGAGGAGUUGGGCUUAACGAAGGGCUUGGCCGGGACCAAGGAACGACAUCUUUGGUUGUUGUAUAGAAAGGUUUUCAAGCAAUGCAUAACUUCGACCAAAUAUAUGAAAGAAACUGUUCAUGCUACACAGAAACUAUUUUCAGAAGUAGAAGAAUAUUGGAAGGAACUUGGCGAUAGUGCUUCUCUAGAAUUCACCAAAUGGCUUCAUCAUCUCUCUGUAGACACGCAAGUACGAAUACUUACUGGUCAACAAACUUACGCUCUCUCUACAUAUUUCAACUCUCUCCUUCCUCCGCACCUCAAAAAAUCUCUUCCUCAAUCAUCCAUCCAAUCGUAUUCGAAAUUCACGUCUCAUCUUGUCUCCUUUGUUGAGGUUCUCAAAUAUUUUGCCGUCGUUCCACCGUUUUUUAGACACUAUGUCCCGGGCUUUAGACAGACUGCAGAACGGAUGAAGAGAGAGAAUGAUACGAAUAUGAUCAAGUCAAGUGAGUUUGAAAGACAAUUAACUGAAGAAGAAACAGCACAACUACUUGUUGAAACGUUUUUGGCUGGGAUUGAUACAACAACAAACGCCCUCUGCUUUACGAUUUACUACAUCUGUAAAUACCCAGCCGUCAAAGCUCACCUGCUUUCCGAAAUCGAUGCUACGCUUUCCUCCGAAGGCCACAGCCUUUCUUAUGAUUCUAUUGUCACGCUUUUCCCGUACACCAGUGCGGUGAUGAAAGAGGCCGCUCGUGUGCUUCCCGUAGUUCCGAUAGUGCUUAUAAUAGCCUCUGAAGACGAUGAAAUUGCUGGGCACAAGUGGCGGGCCGGCACAGCAUUUGGAAUAAACCAUAUAGGCAUCCAUAAGCACACGGCGUAUUGGAAAGAUCCUGAAACGUUUAGGCCUGAGCGGUUUUUGGAGGAUGAAAUAAACCCAAAAACGUUCCUACCUUUUGGUGGGACGUUUGAGGUUGAGUUGUGUGAGCCAGAUAAAGAGAUUGAGUAUGCUCAUCAUAUGGCUACCCAAUGUAGUGGAUUGAAG